AUGCGUCUCGCCCACAUCCUCGCGCUCGUCGCCUCCAGCGUCACGGCGUGCACCGUCAUCGUCGCCGGGAAAGGCGCAACCGUCGACGGCUCCGUGCUUGUCUCGCACACCGAAGACACGGGGUUCGGUGCCAUCGACCUGCGCAUCGUGCGCGUGCCGGCCAUGGAGCACGCUGACGGCGCCAGCCGCGGCGUAUUUGCUUCGUCGCGCCCGGGCUACCCGCGCUUUGUCACGAACGACCGCGGCCCGCACUACGCGCCGGUGGACGGCCAGAGCCUCACGACGCCCGUCGGCGCCGUGCCCCACGUCAACAAGACGUACGCGUACUUUGACAUUGACUACGCGCUCAUCAACGAGGUGCAACUGAGCAUGGGCGAGAGCACGUGCGCGGCCAAGACGCGACUGGCACCGCUGUCGACAACGUCGACCCGCGCCAUCACGCGCGACGCCACCGAUCCAGUCAAGAAUGUUCUGCAAGACACAGCGGGGAGCGGCAGCAAGCGCCGUGGCCGCGCCAGCGGUCCUUGUCCCCGCUUGGGUCCAAGCGCCCAUCGCCCAGUGCUCGGCGUCGCCGUCGUCCUCGCUGCCCUGCCCAUAACGGGAUUUCCCAGCAACGCUCGUGUGUCGGGGGACUGGUCGAGCGGCUUCAGUACGCUCGUGAGCACCACGACGUUUGAAGAUUUUCGAUUUGUCAAGGAGCUCGACUGCGGUAAGAGCUGCGUUGUCCGCGCGGCGGUGCACGUGCCGUCCAACACUAUCGUGGCUGUCAAGGCCAUCCCGCUGGACGCACUCAAGGACGUGCGCCAAGCAAUCAACUUCCGCCGGGAGGGUGAAUCCCAAAUCCGCAUCCGGUGCGCCCACAUCGUGGCGGCAUACAACUGGUUCACGCACAAGGGCCGGGUGUACAUCGUCCAAGAGCUCUGCGCCAAGGGCAACCUCCUCAACGCGCUGCUCCAGUCCAACGGCGCGUUUUCGACAUUUCGCGUGGCCAGCAUCAUCCGCCAGCUCGUGCGCGGGCUUACCUCUAUCCACGGCAAGGGCGUGCUCCACCGCCACCUCCGUGUGGAGAAUAUCCUUCUGGACCACAACGACGUGGUCAAAAUUACCGACUUCGGGUUCUCGGCCUGCAACACAAAAGGAGGUCGUCUCUCGAACGACAACCGCAACCUGUACUCCGCGCCUGAGAAACUGGAAGGAAAGCCCCACUGGACUUCCGUGGAUCUCUGGGGCCUCGGCAUCGUGUUGUACACGUUGCUCAUGGACGGCCAUGGCCCACCCCGCUACGACGCCACGAACGCACCGACACCGUCGAAGGUCGACUACGUCAUCCUCCCUGUUGAGAUCCCGGCCACCAUGUCGGAGAACGCCGCUCACUUGGUCCGCAACCUCCUCGUUGAGAAGGAAGAGGAGCGUUUUACGCUCUCCGACGUCGAGAUGCACCCGUUCACAACCACGGGCGUCUAAGAGCUCCAUCAAUCUAUGCAUAAACGAAC